GUAGAACUUAAAGGAAAGUUAGGACAGCCAUUACCGAGUGGUUGGGCCAUAGACAAAGAUGGGAAGGAAACUAAAGAUCCGAAGGCAUUCCAAGGCUUGUUGCCGCUAGGUGGGGCUGAAGAAAGUGGUGGUUACAAAGGCUAUGGUCUAUCCAUGAUGGUUGAAGUAUUGUGUGGCAUAUUAAGUGGUUCAGCAUUUGGUCUCAACACUGGAAACUGGAAGAAAGGAGAGGGUGCAGUUAAUUAUGGCCAAUGCUUUAUAGCCAUAGAUCCCAGCAGUUUCGCUGAUGGUUUCACAGACAGAAUGACUCAGCUGAUUGAUCAGUGUAGGAGUGUGGAACCUCUGGACCCUGAUUUACCCGUCCUGAUCCCUGGAGAUCCGGAGAGACAACACGCUCAGCGCUGUAAGGAACUGGGUGGAAUUCCCUACUCACAAGAAACCUUCACUAAUGCGAAAGAGAUCGCUAAACAACUUGGUGUUGAAUCAUUAAAAGCAAGGACUGCUUAAUUGUAAUUUAAAAAAAAAAUAUCUUUUUCAUUUUAAUUACCAUAUAUAUUCUUUGAUACCAAAGAUGAUUCAUGAAUAUAAAAAAGAACGAUCUGUUGAAUUUUGUUUCUUACUGAUUCCAUCUUGAUUCUGAGUUGUCUUUCAUUGUCUUUCUUUUUCGUACCUUUUAAUGUAAUAUUAACUAUUGAACAUU